UCCUGGGGAGGAGGCCUGUCUUCCGCAGUGCACCCGCCCCACCCGCUCACGGUCUCUCUCCCUGCAGGCUCUCCCCAUGACACCACCUGGACAUCUCUACCUCCUGAGGGUGUGUGGCGCCCCCCUCCUCCUCCUGGGGCUGCUGCUGGCCCUGCCACCUGAUGCCCAGGGGCUCCCUGAUGUUGGCCUCUCAGCUGCACGGACUGCCCAUGGGCACCCCCAGAAGCACUUCCCACAAGGCACCCUCAAACCUGCUGCUCACCUUGUUGGAGACCCCAGCACCCAGGAUUCGCUGCGCUGGAGGGCGAACACGGACCGUGCCUUCCUCCGCCACGGUUUCUCUUUGAACAACAAUUCGCUCCUGGUCCCCUCCAGUGGCCUCUAUUUUGUCUAUUCUCAGGUGGUCUUCUCUGGGGAAGGCUGCUUCCCCAAGGCCACCCCCACCCCUCUCUACCUGGCCCACGAGGUCCAGCUCUUCUCCUCCCAGUACCCCUUCCACGUGUCUCUCCUCAGUGCUCAGAAGUCCGUGUGCCCAGGGCCACAGGGACCCUGGGUACGCUCGGUGUACCAGGGAGCUGUGUUCCUGCUCACCCAGGGAGACCAGCUCUCGACGCACACAGAUGGCAUCUCCCACCUGCUCCUCAGUCCCAGUACUGUCUUCUUUGGAGCUUUUGCUCUGUAG